GACGCUGAGGGUCAGUGCAGCACAGACACCAUGGCAGAAACUUCAGAAAAAGUGCCAAUAGCCCUGGCAGGUCCAGCUGACGUGGAGCAAUGCCUGCCGCCUGCUUACGCCGUGGCCGUCAAACCCUCGAGCAGCGGCCGCCUGCUGAAGAUCGGUGCGGUGGUUCUCAUCACCGGCUCUGCCCUCCUGGUCCUCGGGGCGAUUGGUGCGUUUUACUUCUGGAAGAUCAAUGACAAAAAUGUGUACAAUAUGCAUUAUAGCAUGAGCAUCAAUGGAAAGGUAAAGGAUGGAUCGCUGGAAAUUGAUACUGAAAACAACCUCGAGACUUUCAGAACUGGAAGUGGCAAUGAAGAGGCAGUGGAAGUUCAUGAUUUUCAAACUGGAAUCACAGGAAUUCACUUUGCUGGAGGAGAGAAGUGCUACAUCAAGACGCAAGCGAAAGCACACCUGCCGGAUAUCGAGAAUCUGAAAACAGAAGCAGUUUCAUUUGAGCUUGAAGAUGAAAUCAUGCCUGCAAAGUUUGAAGAAGAGUCUCUUAUCUGGGUAGCAGCAGACCAACCAAUCAAAGACCAUGCCUUCCUGAGCCCUAAAGUUUUGGAACUGUGUGGUGACCUCCCCAUUUACUGGCUUCGUCCAACUUACACCAAAGAGGGUCAAAGGAAGAAAAGAUCAGUGGAUCAUGAGAGACUGAAGAUACCCUACCCUUACUACUAUGAGUAUGAUUUUCAGUUUAACCCUGAUGCAAUGGAUGAAUACGGUCAGACUGUGGGAGUUCCUACUGAGGCCGACAUUGAAAAAACUGAUGUACAGGCUCAAGAUGCAAGACCAGAACAAAAAGCAAAUGAUACUGUUCCUGAAGAAGAAGGGGGUCCAUCUACCUUCAAUGCAGAAAACCCCUAUCAUCGGAUCUUAGGAGGCGAGGGUGCUACCACGACUUUUGACCCCAUGCUGGAUCACCAAGGAAUCUGUUGUGCUGAGUGCAGGCGCAGUUAUUCACAUUGCCAACGUAUAUGUGAACCCCUGGGUGGCUACAUACCCUGGCCUUAUAAUUACCAAGGGUGCCGUGUUGCUUGUAGACUGAUUAUGCCAUGCUCCUGGUGGGUAGGACGUAUUCUUGGUAUAUUGUAAGCUGCUAGGAAGUCACGCAUUUUAAAUAAAAUGCAGCCCCAUGGCAAAGAAAUAUUGGCUAUAACUUUAUUAACAGUCAUUUUUGGAAAGAAUUUUCAGAUUGUCGUGCAAUUCAAGGUGCCUUUAUAAUCUUACCUAUUAAAGCACCUCAGGCUAUAACAACAUACUUUCUGCAGAUGUACUAUAACUUGAGUUUGGGUUUAAAGUUGAAGUGGUCCAAACCAACCAAACAGUGUAAAGCCAUACCACGUUAUGCAAAAUAAAAUUGCAUAAGAUGAGCUUGUUUAUUUAGAAAAUUGUGCAGAGCUUCGUAAAUGUGCAAUAAAGCAUACAGCAACAUGUAUGUGUGCUUAGAUCUUUAUUUGUACAGAUAAUAUUGGUGGUGUAAAUGUAACUCUGGAAUGAAAGGACCCAAUUAAUACA